AUGGCUCUGAUCGUGUGUGUGCGGCGACUAACAGGGCUGCCUGGCACCCAUGACUGACAAGUGAAGCUCAGUUUUCGGGGCUUUACCCAGAAAACAAGAAAAAUUCGCUGUGGUCAAGAAGUAGAUAUCAGUGAGCUGCUCCGUUGGCCCCACUAUGGGGGACCACUGGCUGGCGAUUUCUCUGUGCAGGUGGUCAACUGUAGUCGUGUAUUUAGCUUCUCGCUUCUGGGGACCCUAGUAAUCUCCCUACAACAGCUACAGAAUGCUGGGCAUUUGGUGCUACGGGAGGCCCUAGUGGAUGAGAAUCUUUGAGUGUCCCCGAUCCAGGUGGAGCUUGACCUGAAGUACCAGCCCGCAGAGGGUGCUACUGGGGCCUGGGCAGAGGAGGACUUUGGGGCAUCCAUCUCUGACAGCUCAGAGCUGAUCAUCCCCAAUGUGGGCUUCCAGGAGCUGGAGCCUGGGCAGGCCCAGCUGGAGCAGCAAGCAGUGGUUUUGGGCCGCAGGCUAGCUCGAGGCCUAGGCCAGAAGGAUGAUGAGGACAAUGAGCUGGAGCUGGAGCUGGAGCUGGAGGAUGAGCCUGAUGUGGAGCUCUCAGGGGUUGUGUUCAGCCCCCUCAAGAGCCGAGCCCGGAACCUGGCCCGCAGGGAUCCCUUCCACAUGUCCAAAGCCCAAGACUUCCAGGUGGGCAUCACUGUGCUGGAGGCUCAGAAACUGGUGGGAGUGAACAUUAACCCGUAUGUGGCAGUGCAGGUUGGGGAGCAGCGCCGAGUGACUGCCACACAGCGUGGCACCAAUUGCCCAUUCUACAACGAGUACUUCUUGUUCGAAUUUCAUGAGACCCGGCUUCGCCUGCAAGACUUGCUGCUGGAGAUUAAGGCAUUCCAUUCGCAGACCCUCCCCUUUAUGGCCACUCGGAUAGGUACCUUCAGGAUGGACCUGGGCAUCGCGUUGGACCAGCCAGAUGGCCACUUCUACCAGAAAUGGGCUCCUCUGCAUGAUCCCCAGGACACCCGCGCCGGGACCAAGGGCUUUGUCAAGGUCACUUUGUCCGUGAGGACCCGCGGGGAUAUGCCCCCUUCGCUGCCACCCCUGGGCCCAGGGCACAGUUCGGACAUCGAGAAGAACCUGCUCUUGCCGCGCCGGGUGCCAGCCCAGAGGCCAUGGGCGCGACUUCGCGUGCGCGUGUACCGCGCCGAGGGGCUUCCUGCGCUGCGCCAGGGGCUGCUGGGCAGCCUGGCGCGCGCCCUGCACGACCAGCGAAUCUUCAUGGAACCCUAUGUGCGGGUGUCUUUCCUGGGCCAGCAGGGUGAGACAUCUGUGUGCCGCGAGGCGACAGCGCCAGAGUGGAACGAGCAGCUGAAUUUCGUGGAGCUCUUCCCGCCGCUCACUUGGAGUAUUCGUCUGCAACUGCGGGACGACGCACCCCUAGUCGAUGUGGCACUCGCCACGCACGUGCUGGACCUGAGGCAGAUCUCGCACCCAGGCCGAGCAGCCGGCUUUAACCCCACAUUCGGCCCAGCCUGGGUGCCUCUCUAUGGCUCACCACCCAGUGUGGGUCUCCGGGAUGGUCUUCAAAGUCUCAAUGAAGGCCUUGGCCAAGGCAUUUGGUUCCGAGGCCGCCUUCUGGUGGCUAUAUCCAUGGAGGUGUUAGAAGGGAGAGCUGAACUUGAGCCUCCUCAGGCCCAACAUGGGUCCAGGUUGUUGAGGCUCACCCGAAAGAAGAAGAAGAAAGCCAGUCGGGGUCAGAUGCCAACGGGGGUUCCACAGCACGUGGAUGCCAGCUCUAGUGCGGCUGGGGCUGAGGUUCCUAGUGCCAUGGAGGCGGAGGUGGAGGAGCUGCUGCCACUGCCAGAGAAUGCCCUGAUGCCCUGCGAAGACUUCCUGCUCUUUGGUGUGCUCUUUGAGGCCACCAUGAUUGACCCUGCUGUGGCCUCCCAGCCCAUCAGCUUCGAGAUUUCCAUUGGUUGCGCUGGUCGCCGUGAGGAGCAAUUGGACAGAGGGUCCAGGGCCUGGGAGGGAACUGAGGGUGCUGUGGGGGAUGCACAGCCUCUGUUGGAGUCCAAUGCAAGGGCCAGAACAGAGGAAGAGGAGGAGGAGCUGGGGACCCCUGCUCAGCGGCCUGAGCCCAUGGAUGGCAGUGGGCCAUAUCUCUGCCUGCCCCUGCGUCACCAUCCAUGUGUGCACGUGUGGAGCCGCUGGGAGGAUCACACAUGGCGCCUGCAUAGCAGCAACUGUGUGAGCGAAGUGGCAGAAAGGCUGGACCAGGGGCUACAGGAGGUUGAGACACUGCAGCGCAGGCCUGGGCCAGGCGCCUGCACACGGCUCAAGAGGACUCUGGAAGAGCUGGUGGCUGGGAGCAGACAGUUUUGCCAUGGCGCUGAGCGCAGGACAAUGACCAGGCCCAACGCCCUGGAUCGAUGCCGAGGGAAACUGCUAGUGCACAGUCUCAACCUGCUGGCAAAGCAAGGACUGUGGCUUCUAUGGGGCCUGAGACAGAGCAACAUGCAAAAGAAGUUGACCUUGGCCAAGAAGCUCCUGGCAAAACUGCGCUUCCUGGCUCAGGAGCCUCAGCCACCCCUGCCUGAUGUGUUGGUCUGGAUGCUCAGUGGGCGGCGCCGCGUGGCCUGGGCCCGGAUCCCUGCCCAGGAUGUACUGUUCUCUUUGGUUGAGGAGGAGCGGGGCCGAGACUGUGGGAGGAUCCAGACUCUGCUGCUUACAGCGCCCGGGGCAGCCCCUGGAGAGAUCUGUGCCAAGCUGGAGCUCUUCCUGUGGCUGGGGCUGGGCAAGCAAGCCAAGGCCUGCACCUUUGAGCUGCCCCCAGACCUGCUGCCUGAGCCCUCGGCUGGGCUGCCCCACUGCCUGUGCCGGGAUGGCUUUAGAUACUUUCAGCUCUGGGCUCACUUGUACUAGGCCCGAGGUGUGUUGGCAGCAGAUGACAGUGGCCUCUCGGAUCCCUUCGCUCGAGUCCUUAUCUCUACCCAGUGCCAGACCACACAGGUCCUGGAGCAGACGCUGAGCCCUCUGUGGAAUGAACUCCUGGUAUUUGACCAGCUGAUUAUAGACGGCAGGAGGGAGGACCUGCAGGAGGAGCCGCCCUUAGUGGUCAUCAACGUUUUUGACCACAACAAGCUCAGCCCCCCUGUAUUCCUGGGCAGGGCGCUGGCCGCUCCAAGGGUAAAGCUGGUGGAGGACCCAUACCAGCGCCCCGAGCUGCAAUUCUUCCCCCUGAGGAAGGGACCACGGGCAGCUGGAGAGCUUAUUGCCACCUUUGAACUCAUUGAAUUGGAUUACAGUGGCCGAUUUGAGCCCUCAGUGCCCAGUGAUGUGGAGCCCCAGGAUCUGGCGCCCCUCGUGGAGCCCCUCUCUGGACGCCUGUCCCUGCCACCCAACGUGCGCCCAGUACUCAGGGAGUUCCGGGUUGAGGUACUGUUCUGGGGUCUAAGGGGCCUUGGCCGUGUGCACCUCUUUGAGGUAGAGCAGCCCCAGGUUGUGCUGGAGGUAGCUGGGCAACGUGUGGAGUCUGAGGUCCUGGCCAGUUACCGUGAGAACCCCAAUUUCACAGAGCUCGUCAAGCAUCUAACCGUGAACUUGCUGGAACAACCUUACCUGCAGCCCCCACUCAGCAUCCUGGUAAUUGAGUGCCGGGCCUUUGGCCGCACAGUCCUUGUGGGUUCCCAUGUUGUCCCUCACAUGCUACAAUUCACAUUCCAGAGUCAUGAGGAUCCCCCCGAGGAGGAAGGAGCGGAGGAGACAGGGGACCUGGUGCCUAAGAGACCUCAAGGUUAGGAGCCUUCUCUCCCUGAAGUGGGGAUCUCCAGACGGCUCCUGAAGGUUCCUCUGAAGAAGCUCCCCUUAGGAGGCCUCUUAAAUCAAGGGCCUGAGCUGAAGGAGGACAUCCCAGAUCCAGAAGAGCUUGACUGGUGGUCUAAGUACUAUGCAUCCCUACAGGAGCUCCAGGGGCAGCCCAACUCUGAUGAAGAUGAAAUGGAUGAUCCUGGAGAUUCAGCUGGGGUCAACCUCAUUUCUGUGGAUGGGGAGACCCAAGACCAGGGUGAAGCUAAAGUGGAAGGUUCUGUGUCCCGGAAAAAAGCACUCGCCACCCUGAAGAUCUAUACCAGCUCCCUGGAGGAAGAAUUUAACCACUUUGAAGAUUGGCUGAAUGUGUUUCCCCUUUACCGAGGACCAGGGGGCCAGGAUAGAGACGGAGAUGAAGAAGGAGCUGGACACCGGGUGGGCAAGUUCAAGGGCUCCUUCCUCAUCUAUCCAAAAUCAGAGGCAGUGUCAUUCUCUGAGCCCCAGAUCUCCCGGGGGAUCCCACAGAACCGGCCCAUCAAGCUCCUGGUCAGAGUCUAUGUUGUCAAGGCUACCAACCUGGCUCCAGCAGACCCUAAUGGCAAAGCAGACCCCUAUGUGGUGGUGAGUGCCAGCCAGGAGCGGCGGGACACCAAGGAGCGCUACAUCCCCAAGCAGCUCAAUCCCAUCUUUGGAGAGGUCCUGGAGCUAAGCAUCCCUCUCCCUGCUGAGCCGGAGCUGACCAUUGCUAUAUUUGAUCAUGACCUCCUGGGUUCUGAUGACCUCAUUGGAGAGACCCACAUUGACUUGGAAAACUGAUUCUACAGCCACCACAGAGCAAACUGUGGGCUGGCUGCCCAGUACGACAUGGAUGGGUACAAUGCCUGGCGCGAUGCAUUCCGGCCUUCUCAGAUCCUGGCAGGGUUGUGCCAACGCUGUGGCUUCCCUGCUCCUGAAUACCGAGCUGAGGCUGUCAAGGUGGGGAGCAAAGUCUUUCUAACACCACCUGAGAUGCUGCCACCAGGUAGGGGGGUGCCCCAGGAAGCAGGAGGGGCCCCUGAGGAAGCCCAGGCAUUGCUUGUGCUGCGACGCUGGCAGGAGAUGCCAGAUUUGGGGAUCCAGCUGGUACCUGAGCAUGUAGAAACACGGCCCCUCUACCACCCCCGCAGCCCAGGGCUGCUGCAGGGAUCCCUUCACAUGUGGAUUGACAUCUUUCCCAGAGAUGUGCCUGCCCCACCUCCAGUUGAUAUCAAGCCUCGGCAGCCAAUCAGCUAUGAGCUCAGAGUUGUCAUCUGGAAUACAGAAGAUGUGGUUCUGGAUGACGUGAAUCCACUCACUGGAGAGAUGUCAAGUGAUAUCUAUGUGAAGAGUUGGGUGAAGGGGCUGGAGCAUGACAAGCAGGAGACAGAUGUUCACUUCAACUCACUGACUGGGGAAGGGAACUUCAACUGGCGCUUCGUGUUCCGCUUUGACUACCUCCCCACGGAACGGGAGGUGAGCGUCUGGCGCCGGCCUGGGCCCUUCGCCCUGGAAGAGGCCGAGUUCCGGCAGCCGGCAGCCGGCAGCCGGCAGCCGGCCGUGCUGGUCCUGCAAGUCUGGGACUAUGACCGCAUCUCCGCCAAUGACUUCCUUGGGUCCUUGGAGUUGCAGCUGCCGGACAUGGUGCGGGGGGCCUGGAGUCCGGAGCUCUGCUCAGUGCGGCUGGCCCUCCAUGGGGCAGGGCCUCGGUGCAAUCUAUUUCGCUGCCGCCGCUUGCGGGGCUGGUGGCCGGUGGUGAAGCUGCAGGAGGAAGAGGAUUUGAUGCGGGAGGCCCAGGAAGGCAAGAAGAGACGGAAGCAGAGGAGGAGGAAGGGCCGGCCAGAAGACCUUGAGUUCACAGACACAGGCGGCAACGUGUAUAUCAUCACGGGUAAGGUGGAGGUAGAGUUUGAACUGCUGACUGUGGAAGAGGCUGAGAGGCGGCCAGUGGGGAAGGGGCGGAAGGAGCCAGAACCCCUGGAGAAGCCUAACCGCCCCAAAACCUCCUUCAACUGGUUUGUGAACCCACUGAAGACCUUUGUCUUCUUCAUCUGGCGCCGCUACUGGCGCAUCUUGGUGCUGCUGCUGCUGCUGGCACUGAUCACCAUCUUCCUUCUCCUUGUCUUCUACACCAUCCCUGGCCAGAUCAGCCAGGCCAUCUUCCGCCCCCUCCACAAGUGA